AUGGUGCAUCGUACAGCGCUGGAUCAGCUUGGCAAUGCGCCACCCAUACGUGUUUCAUACACGCUUCCAUCUAUUUUAUCAUUCCAAGACGACAAUGCGCAUCGGUAUGUACCAAAUGCAGACAAUUCGAUCGCGCACUCUUUGCCAGUCUUACACCUCCCUGCUUCAAAAGAAAAGCCACUUGCACGAACAGUAAAUGGUUCAUCGUUCCCUAAAAUCCGGUAUUCUGCGAAUUCCCAGCAAUGCACAAGGCCUAUGCCACCAGAGGAUCUACAACCACAGCAUCUUAGACCGGUUAAUGCGCUUGCUUUGGACGUGCGGUCUAGCGGCACUCGUCUUUUUAGUGCCGGUGUCGAUGGUCUCGUAUGCGUAUGGGAUCUUGACUAUCAAAAUAUGACAGCAACUCCUAGACUUAAUUCAAAGUUUAGGCCGCAUAGGAGCUGGAUUUGGGAUAUGAAGUAUUGUUCGCAUUUAAGUACAGUACUGACUUGUUCAUCUGACUGCACAAUCAAGGCAUGGAAUGUCGAUACAGCACAUUCUGCAUUGGAACUAGGAACUCACAGAGAUUACGUGAAAGCCUUGGCACCAUCCAACGCCUCCGAUUGGGUCGCUAGUGGCUCGUUGGAUCAUCAUUUGUGCCUUUGGGAUUUGAGAGAAGGGCGUAAAAAACCCAUGUGGCAGAUUCGGACACCUUCUAGCAUUUAUUCUGUCGCUAGUAAUCAUUCUGGGAGUGUCAUUGCUACCGCUGGACUUGAUGGUGUUGUUCACGGAUGGGAUCCUCGCAUGCGGGACUCGGCAUUUGAGCUUGUCGGACAUGAAGAUCUCAUUCGCACAAUGAUAAUGAGUUCCGAUGGAACACGCGUUAUAUCAGGUUCAUCAGACUCAACUGUGCGCCUUUGGUCAACAAAUGAGCGGAGGUGCAUGCAUACUUACACACAUCAUAACUCAAGUGUAUGGAAGCUAUACAGUGACGACGAAAACAUGUCGACUUUCUACUCUGGUGAUCGAGACGGAUUUUUAUGCAAGGUUUAUUUGGAUCCCAGCGGGCACGCAGAAAAUGAUCAAUGCAUUGUGCUUGCUCACGAGGCGCAAGAUAAUUCUGUUCAUGGGUCAGGCAUCACAAGCAUCGUGGCCUACCAGGACAAGUUUGUUUGGACUUCGAAUUCUUUAUCUCCUACCUUCCGAUGCUGGCAGGACACUUCUGAUUUAAAUAUAUUCAAAUCUAGUCAAGUAAAUUUGCACGAUUCUGCCGUGUUUAACCUCUUCAACUCGAAUGCGCCAAACUAUCGUCCGAAUCAAACUGAACUCCCCUUGGUGGCGUCUGAGGCCACUCCUCUGUCCAGUCAGCCGAUGCGAGAAGUUUUUGGCUAUCACGGCAUUCUCCGUGGCACUAUGCUUAAUGAUCGCAUGCAUGCAUUGACCAUCGAUUCUGGAGGCGUUGUGGUACUUUGGAAUGUUUUUCAUGGUUCGUGUAUCGGUACUUUCAAUGUAAAUGAUCUUUUUGCCGCUGCUAUGUCCAAUAAGUGCACCUCAGCGUGGCAGCCUCAACAUUCACCAAGCAGCACUCUUGAAUUUGUGCAAUAUCUUAUUGAGGGUGAGGGCUGUGUCAUUCCGUGGUGUUCACUCGACACUUCUGACGGUCGUCUCACAAUAACGAUUGACCAGUCUAAUUUAUGGUCAUCAAGCAUGUAUUUGGAUGAAUUGCAUGAACUACUUGGAAAUCCACCGACUAUAAGAUGGACAGAAGAUCGCGUGAUUCUCGGUGUUUGUGUUUUGCGAAACUUGUUUAAGAAUUUACUCUUGUCAGAAUCAGAGAUGCGCAGGGAUAUCAAAGAUGGGCAGCUUAUGUUGCUCAAUUGGAUGAAGCGACUGAAUACCUCUCCUGAGGCUCUAAUGCAUAUGCCUAUUUCACAAUUGCCUAACCCACCAGGUCCGAAUCCUGCUCCAAAUCAACACUUUCAUGCUAUUCUUACAGAAAUGACGGGCAGCAAUUCGGCCAAGGGUAAAGAAUCAUUAUCAACAAGCAUCCCAGAAUCGCCUCUGAUGCAUGAUAUUGUUCGCUUUUUACAUGAAAUGACCAACAAGCAAGCUCUCAAUACAGAAGAACAGGUGGCAUCACAAUCAUCAGAUUCUGGCAACACAUUUUUUGGCAGUUUCCGUCGAAAUGCCUCCAAGCGAAAAACUCAAAAUGCAUCAUAUACGGUCUCAAAGGACGAAGAAGCUCCUCAAGACUACUUGGGUGAAUUGGCAUCGUUGUUGUCAGGCUCGUGGCGCGAAAAGUCGCCAUUGACCGGUAUACCUAAGAUUCAAUUCUCAGAUACAACAUCGAUUCAAAUAUCCCGUGUCGACCGUGAAAAUGGAAGGCAGGUAAUGCUAUACCAUGGUACAGUUGGCUCUACUGGCACAGAUGCUCCAUUGCUUGAAUUACUGGCUCCAUUAUGGCUUCUGUCCGUGGUAUUAUCGCCAGAGGUUGUUCAAAAGGAUGCGCCACUAAUCAAAGUGGUUCUUCUUAAAUGGACGCCUUCUCAAGCGGCGCAAGAAACUUCAUCUUCCUCUAAUUUAGAGUUGGAUCAGCUUCCCACCGAAAGCACGUCUUUGACCGCGCCCCGAAACAUUCGCGUCGGGCGCAUAGCUCAGUAUGUGAAACAGUCACUGUUGUCCAUGGGCAUCCAAAUUCCAGAUUCUGGUGAAAACUUGGCUGACAUUCCUAUCGAAAUCUUGUGUAAUGGAUAUCUUGUACCCCCUCGUUAUACCAUGGCGCAAUGCCAAACAUUCUGCUGGAAGAAUGCUACCCCAGGCAUGGUGCGCUUGCGAUAUCGUCGCAAACAACUUCUAUGA